GCAGGUGGCAGUAUUGAGUCAGUCAGCUGGUUUACAAGCGCCAAUAAAGACCCAGAAAAAAGGUCACGUGGUUGUAGAUCGAUCACAUGGAAGGUGACAUCACGGUGAGCUCAUCAAACAGGAAGUGCUCUGCUGUCACAGGAAGUGCUCGGAAGAUCAAGGACAAUGCGGCCGACUGGCACAACCUGAUGAUGAGGUGGGACAAGCUAAACGAGGAAGGGUUCAGUGUGGCGACGAACAUCGUCAACAUGAGACGUUCCCAGAGUGACCAGUUGCUUGACUCUUCAUCAUCAUCCUCGUCAUCAUCAUACUCUCCAGAGCUCCAAGAUGAAUGCUGCAAACUCCAGGACAUCAUUGACCGAAUGGUUGCUGUGGUGAAGAAGAUGGAGCGUCUGAUGACAUCACAGCGAGGCAUUCAGGAACUGGAGGAGUUUAAUUUCGGUCCUGAAGGAAGAACGGUUCCUCUGUUCCACAGUUGGAUCACCAAACAGUUUGAUGAGUCCUGCUGGGUUCUGCUGGCCGCCUUCAGACAGGAGCUGAGGUUGAAGCAGACCAUCGUACAGGAAGUGGGCCACACCGCAACCUCUGACCUGUGCAUGCUCUUCCUGUCCUGCUGGCUGCACCAGCCUUACAUCCAUACCCAGAUCAGACUGACACUAGAAGCUCUGCUGCUGGAGACGGGCCACCGACCACUGUGAGUCAGUCGUCAGUAGGAUCCAGUCCAGGUCUAGGUCCAGGUUCUGGCCAAGCUACGACUGAAACAUCUGUUUUAUGUAAAAUCUCUUAAAUGUUUCUGUUUGACAUGAAAUAAAAUGUUUUAACGUUGA